UAAGCGUCUAGAUACCGCGGCUGGUAAAUCAGUAUCCUUUUUAUUUAGUUAGCUUGUUUAUCGUAGGCUGUUUUUUAAGAACAGAGAACUCAUUCCUACCAUAUGAGAAGAACAAGAUAGCGGGUGUUUUUUUUUCAAGACAGUUUGGCGAUUAGUUUGUAAAGUCUUUGUGUAAAAGAAAAGCUUUUUGUCCGUCAAGGUAAAGAGCUAAAGGUAAAUCAGUUUCAUAAUGAUGAAAUUCAACUUCAGACGGGAGAAAGACAAGGAGUUUAAGCACAUAGCUCAUGGUUUGAUCCCUGCCGCCUCCAUCGCUCCUAAAGCCGCCGUGCCUCGUACUCCUCCCCCUCAAAGCCCAGACCCCUCACCUGAGAGACAUAGAUCGGCGUUGGCUGCAGCUAUCCUGUCUUCCUCGCUGACGGGACAAACGUGGGUCAUCCCGCCCGCUCGGCCAAGGUCCUUCUCUGAGACAGAUCGUUCCGAAUCCUUCCUUUCUGAGCCAAACGGCAGCAGCGUGCUUUACUCAAGAGACAGAUGGUCAGAGGAUUUGGCUAGCCGGCCACACCUGUCGUCCCCUGAUCACUCCGAGGGAGAGUUGGAAGACGACAAAGACGGAGCUGAUAACCAGGAUGAUGUGGACGAGCAUGUGUAUCAAACUCUGGACAGACGAGAGGAUCUUAGAGUGUCAGAAACGGUUCAUAACCUGCCUCUAGAAGCAGAGGCCGUUCUGUCUCUGGCCUCUCACGUAUCGGGUAGAAGAGUUCCAUCUCCAGAUCUCACUGAGGAAUCAAGUGGCCAGUCUCCAGAAGCCAGAAGGAGGAGAGAAACUCUCAGAAAGAGCUCUGAAAACCGCAAGAAAGAUGUGAGAUCUCUGCCACCCAUCCCAACCACUAAUAGGCCAGGUGGUGCAAAAAUGCCAAAACAGAACGUUCUUGAAAGCAACCAAGGAUACAGUGAGCUGCGGAAACAGAGGAAGACCAAGACAAUACACGAAGACAAGCAGCUGGAAAAGAGGCUGGAUCGCCUGGAGCGGGAGAUCAGUCAGAGCCGCGCUUCCUCAAACCUCAGGUCCUCUGCAGCAGGCAGCCAGACAGAGCUGCAGAGCCUGAGGCAGCACGCGCAGGAGCUUGUGGACGAAAACGACGCCCUGAAACUGACCGUCCACCGUCUGAACGUGGAGCUGAGCCACUACCAAGCUCGCUUCAGACCGCUGUCCAAACAAGAGAGCUCCAAAAUCAAAGGCAUACCAAGCACAGGUUCUCCCCCUCCAUGGCUGGUUGACAUGAAGUAUUUAUGCCCUUUGCUGCUGGCCUAUGAAGACAACAUGAAUGAGAAGGAAGCUCUUCUACAAACUACUGAGGAGGAGGUGACCAAGUUGCGAGCAAAAGUAGACGAUGUGAUGAAAGAAAACAAGAGGCUCCGUGAUGAGAUGGAUGCGGUCAACCAUAAGGACUGCCAGAUGAUUCAGCAGCAGGCGCUUCUGGUUUUGCAGGAGAACCAGGCCCUGAUUGGUCAGCUGGAGGCUCAGCAUGAAAAAGCCAAAGCCAACCACGGCAAACACCAAUCUGAAGUCUCGAAAAUGUCUAAGCAGCUUAUGAUGUUGGAGGAAGCGAACGAGCGUCUGCAGGAGGACCUGGAAGGAAGCAGACGGGAUUUAAAGAAACGCACAGAGGAGGUCGAGCUGCUGCAGGCUCGCCUCAAGGAUGUCGUCACAUGGGAUGAGCACUGCAGCAUUGCAGGCAAACUCAGAAGACAUCUGGACGAGCAGGAGAGGAGAAAUAAGAGCGAGAAGGAGCAGUUGCUUCUAAAAAUGUCCAGCCUGCAAGAGGAGAACAAGAGUCUGGCUCUGGACAAAGCCAGCCUGGCUGCUGAUGUGAGGACAGUGAAGACUGAGCUGGAGCGCUGCAAACAAGCAAACAGGAAGGCAGAGGGGAGGAUGAGUACGCUGAGGAGACAAAAGGAAGAGCAUUUGCUGAAUGAGGAGAAGACUCGUCAUUACCUGGAGGCUGUUGUUUCUGUCGCAGAGCACAUUUCCAGGGAAAGAGACCAUCUAUUGCACACGGCAUCUGGACUCCAGCAGGAAAAGCAGGGAUUUGUCAGCAGAAUUCUGAAUGGUACGGUCCGCUUUGGGAAGCUUCAAGAGGAACUCAAAGUAUACCGGAGGCAGGCGUCAACCAGGCUGGCAGCGUUGGAGGAGGCUGCGGAGGGGAGGACGGCUUCUUACAAGAGGGAGAUCCUUCACCUGCAGGAGCUGCUGAGAGAAAGACAGGAGGCUGAGGAAAAACUGCUGCAGUCCAAACGGGACGUAGAGGAGGAGUUGGAGGUGGUGUGGCAGGCGGCAACACGGGAGAACCAGCAGAUGAGGGAGACGCUGUUGGACACGAAGCUGAGCGGGGAGCUGUCGGCCUGGGCGCUUUCCCCCGACUGCCCUGCUCAGACUUCAGAGGAGGCCAGCAAAUCCUCCCUGCUCCAGCAGAAGCAUGGGCUGGAUUUCUAUUGCUGAAGACCCAAAGACUAAAGCUGGCAGCGUCUGAACAUCAGAGGAUGGUAAUGGUAUCUGGGUCACGCUUUCUUUUUGUUUUUUGUUUUUGUAAAAUGAAAGAGCAAACAAUCAAUAACACUAGGAAGAAAUGUAUCCUGGCCUGGAAACGCACUUUACUGCACUUUUUAUUUUGACAUUUGACAUGGCAUUUUACUUGAUUUGAGCAUAUUUGUUGUUAUUUUUCUGUCAUAAAAUGUGCCAAGAACAACUGAGAGAGUGAGAUGAAGAGUAAAAUGGGAAGGUGAAACUUGAUCGAAAUGUCCUGAAGUCAAAAGGCAGUGGCGCCACCUACUGGACACGACGAGGCAAUGACUCUAUUGCAGCCAGAGAGCAGGACAGUGACCAGGCUGUGUGGGUGUAAAUAAACACCCACCAUCUGUACACUGGAUGAACAGAAAUAAGAUCAAUAAUGUUAAAUACAUUGACAUUUAAAUUCACUUGGAGGAGAUUAAAAAUGUAUAUGUCAAGAGAGUUUUCUCUGAUAGAUGUUGAGAAGAUAUUUUAGACAUAUUUAAGAAUGUUUAUAUAUUUGUACGUCCUCCACCUGUAAUUUUAAGCACAACUUUUAUGAUUGUAAAUAAUAAAGCAACAAAUCACAUCUGGGA